GCUGUCAACCAGCUCAAGAGCUUCAUGAGAAGCGCGCCAAACAAAUAUUUCGCAUUCUAAAUUCAACUGGAACAUGUAAUUGAUGGCUACAGAUUCUCAUGACAUUACCAUGGAAUUCUGCUAGCGACGUCUCUCACAAAGUUAAUUCCUGAAGCGCCACGACAACAGCAGCCUCUGAUACUACAACACCACCUAAACCAUCUUCACAGUGGCCUCCCUCAAGAAACAGUACGGAAGUCGACGCUAAUUCUGCCGCAAUGGAUCGACCUGAGCCAGGUCUCGUCAAAUGGUCGGCCAAUCCCCAGGUAGACAGCUUUGUGCAUGUCAAUCUUCAGCGACAAAUUGUGCAGCUCUAUGAACCAACAGGUCAUGCUCGCAACGGUCAAUUUGACUAUGUCAAGGGCGGUAAGCAUGAUGACUUUCCGCCGUUGACAACUUACGAUUGGUCUCCAUGCGAUCCAAGCUUACUUGCCGUGGGAACGGGCGCCGGAAUGGUUAACCUGCUGAAGAUUGAUGAUGGAUCCAACGCGUACCUAGAAUUAGGCGUCAAGAUGUCGCGAACCUGCCAUGCUGUUGCAUUUAAUACCACUGGCUUGCUAGCAGUCGGACUAGAUCGUGUGCGCAUGGAUUCUAGUCUGCAGGUUUGGGAUUUGGAGCGCUUGUCAGCGAUUGACAUUAGCCAGCGAGGCUUCCCCCAAGACGCGCUGAGCUAUGUUGACACGAAGAUUCGUCUUGAACCGAGUGUCUCCAUCUCUAGCAUCAAGUUCUUCGAAGACAGUCCUCAAACUUUAGUUGUUGGGAUAAAAUCCCAAGGUUUGCGAGUUCAUGAUCUGAGGAGUCCAACAAAUGCAAUCACUUUCCAAACAAAGUGCAACAACAACCUUGCUAUUGACUAUGCCGACCAAAAUUAUUUCGCCUCAUCUGCUCUAGACCACCCUGGUGUAUUAAUCUGGGACCGCCGUGCAACUUCUCGAGCUGUUGCGUCGCACUCAUACCUCCAAGCAGUUGACGAGGAUGACGUACCAUGGGGUGGCGCACUGCGCCUAGAUCGUGCCAUCGAGGCCGAUAUUGACCCAAAUUCCAGCGACAAUAAGCACUCUCUUAUCCGGUCGCUUCGUUACUGUCGCGAGCAGCGCGGUCUGCUUGCUGUUCUCUCGAGAACUGGGCAGCUCAAGGUCCUCGAGACUAACAAAGAAGUCCCAUCAUCCGAUAUGCCCAUGCAGGAAGGACCAGAGCUCGUACAGGUGCAAACAUCGCAUGAAAUGGAUGUAUCCUAUAGAGAGGCAUCGAACAAGAAUGAUCGUAUUGUUUCUUUCGAUUGGGCUACCUUAGGAUCACCUGGACUGCGACCAAGGCUGUUGGUAUUGAAGACCAAUGGUAGCUUUGGUAUUCUAGAGCAGCCAUCGAGAACUGCGGAUCAAAUUUAUAAACUAGUUCCAUGGCAAGCACCUCAUAGAGGGCUAGAUGCUGGUACACCAUACCAAGACAUCAUGCAAUUCCAAGAAAGCGAAUCUUCUGAAAUACUGGCACCCAUUCGAACACAACAUGUGCUGGAUAAUACACCGGUAUUUGGAAUUCCGAAAUCAAGGAUUGCGGCAAAUAUCUCAGCCCAACUAAAGUCGAUACCCUCUCCCAACCUUGAGAUUGAGCAUUUGGAUCAAAUUUCCCCCAAUCUCCCCGACGACUUCUACAGUGCAACAACAAUCGCUGGAAAAUUGCGAAGUAUCCGGCACUUUUUGCAAGAUGAGAGCAACGCUCCCGAGUCGACAACUGACGGAAAGAACGUCAGGUCACUGAGAAAAGGAGACGGCAACCUUUCUCUUGCAUCAAAUAGUCUAGAGUCGUGCAGAGAGUUUCACGAGGCUCUUCUUGGUACUCUGAUAUCCGAAGGCCUACCGCGCGAGGCCCAAGGCAUAGUAGAUCAUACCAUGCUACUACGUGCGAAAGAAAAGUACCUAUUCGAUGCCACACUGAAUCGAGAUAUUGUUGCAGAUGACCCUUGGAAGCGCUACCUGUGGGAUUGGGUAGCUGAUGCUGAGGAAGCAGCAGAAGACGGCGCCCUGAUUCUCUCAGGUGCCAACUUGAGCUACUUAGGAAUCCAGUCAAUCUGGACAAAUAACUUUGGACGAACGCCAGCUACACGCUUGGAGCCAGGAAUGACACCACCAGACACUCCACAACUAGAGCGCAGCAUUGCAGCAUACUGUAAAAAGCGACAUCUUAGAAAGUUCGACGCUGUCACAACGAAAAGGCCGUACCAUCGACAACUCUGUCUCGAAAUCUGUGGUUGGGGAGAUGCUGAGAGGCAUGAUCCAAAAGGCCUGGAUCGCCAGGCUGUGUCCAAAUACCCAACAGCAGUACACACCAUGGCAGCGUGUAGAGCGCUCUUUAAAGGAGAUACUGCUCGCGCUAUCGAAAUUCUCAAAAAGGCCAGCUCUUCACACCCUGAGCUUCUAUUUGUGUCUCUGGCACUUCAGCUUGUCGGACGCGGUAACUCGCAGUUAGCUAAAGAGCAGCUGGAUUUUGACGAGACUGUAGCGUCCAAGACAGACCCUUAUCUCCGUGCCAUAUCAUCCCUCAUUGCUACAGGCGACUGGACAACAAUUGCAAACCAGCGAACGCUACCUCUAGCUGAUAGAGUGUAUGCAGCAGUUCGCAACUUCACAGACGACCAGCUGACAGCAUGGCUAAACCAACAAGUCGAAUGCGCCAUCCAAGAAGGCGAUAUCGAGGGAAUCGUCCUCACCGGUAUUACUGAUUCGCUAGUCGACAUCUUCGCGCGAUAUGUCCAAAAGUUCCAGGACUACCAAACCGCAACCCUCGUCUUGUCCAUAUGCUACCCUCGCUUCAUUGACGAUAUUCGGUGCGAAGCAUGGCGCAAUGCAUACCGCGUACACCUCCAACGACACAAACUGUUCUUCCAGAGGACCAAAUUUGAGGUAGAAUCGACGAAGCGGUCCAAACGGGACGGUAUCCCGACCCUAAAGCCGCCUUCCCGCCAGAUAGCCCUUCGCUGCGUCUUCUGCGAUGCUGAAACGACACUCAGCAACCAGCAUGGCAACGGUACCUCUUCGAAUGCACCGCGCCCUGUAUCGUCUGCUAUGGAAAUGCGCAACCCUCUCCUGGCGACAAGCAUCAACGCAGGUGUCAGCUGUCCUAACUGUGGCCGCCACCUGCCGCGAUGUGUUGUCUGCCUCGAGGUUGUCGGCGUCCCGCGCUCUGAUAAGCCGGAAGAGAAGGAGGAAACUAAAAUGGCUGGGCGCUUCCCUACUUUUUGCCUACGAUGUGACCACGUCCUGCACCUUGAUCAUGCAAGACAGUGGUUUGCUAGGCAUUCAGAAUGUCCAGUGCCAGAAUGUCGCUGUCGAUGCAACUUCCGAGCAAACGCAGAGCUGAAUUAUAGUUAAUGCUCUUGCAGUUUCUCCUAUUAGGAUUUAUGGGGCAGUCUAGACCAAGGAAGAGAUGUUAAAAUACUUGAUAUGUAUCAUUUGCGCUUUUCGCUGUAUACGCCGUGACUAUGUUCUUUAAAUAAAAAUGUGGUAGCAAGAUCGGUUUGAAAGAUGAGGCCAAAAUACUCCUCGCCAAUGUGUAGUCCAUCCCGGCUCUAUAUCCGGAGCUUGUAUUGUUUUAUAAUCUGAUGUUGCUUGGUAUCAGAAUUCCACCCCAUAUGUACCAUCCGUUCGCUCUGCCCUGUCAUGAUAAGUAGCCUCGUAACGGGAGGCGCAAGCAACUCUACGGCUGCGCUCUAUCGCCGCUUAUGCAAUUAUCGUCCAUUUCUUCUGUACUUCAUUUCGUCUGGCACCAUGCAUGCUCUGUUACCUGAGUGAUUGUAUAUCGUUGGUCAACGUCGCGGUUGAGCAUGCAACGGACGAGGUCAAUGCUCUCAUCGCUGAGGGUAUACGGGACUCGUAAAUCCCGAUCCAUGAUUUCGUCUAUGCUGUAGAAGGGGUUCUCCUUGUAUAUAAUGGUGUAGAGAAGGAUGCCCAGGGCCCAGACAUCCUGUUCUUUGCCGCCGUACGGCUUUCCUGCCAAUACUUCUGGUGCAGCGUAGUCUGUAGUUGGUUAGCAUAUGCUCAAGAUAGUUCAAACCUGUAUGAAAACUUACCAAUAGUACCAACAAAGACAUCAAAUGGCCCACUCUUAAUAUAUGCAGCGCUUCCAAAGUCAAUGAGUUUGAUGUUUCCUUCUCCGUCCAAGAUGACGUUUUCGUCCUUGAUAUCGCGGUGUACAACAAGAGCUCGAGUGUGCAAGAAAUCAAUGGCUUGUACCACUUGAACGAAGAUGCUUCGGCACUCUGACUCGUCCAUAUUUGCUCUCAACUCAAUAUAGUCAAAGAGAUCCAUGCCAGGAAGGCCGUGGGGAGCCAUCUCGAUAUAAUAGUUGACGUCGUCUUCGAAGAAGCUUUCCAUUUCGACAAUAUUGGGGUGGCGGAAUUCGGGUCGUCGUAGAUAUUCGAGAACAUGAAUCUCCAGAGGCACUGUACCGAGCUUGCGAUCUCUAGUCCACGUAUCCACCAAGAUGCGACGCUUCGUAACGUAUUUGAGUACAACCUUCUUGCCAGUUUGCUUGUCUCGAGCCAAUUUGACUUGACCAUAGGCACCUUGGCCCAUAUCUUCUAAUAUUGUAAAGUCUGCAAUGGUCUUUUUGCGAUUAGGGUCUGCGACAGUAGUCGAAUCUUCUGCCACUGGGGCGGUCGAAUCUUGGCCGUCACUGGGUUGCGCCUUGCUGGUAGUCUCUUGUAUCACUUGGCCAGAUAAGGGAGUCUUCCGCGUGGCUUUCUCUUUCGACUCAUCUGAAUCGGAGGACAGCUCAAGCGGUGUACGGGCUGGGGUUUGUCCAGGCGACGGCUGAUGCAAUGGUGUAGAAAUGCCAGACUCCUGCGUCGUGUUAAAGUCGAAUCUGUUUGCCGAAGCAUGAAUAUGGCGUGAGUAUGUAAUCCAGAGAGCAAAAACCAUUUCAGUUCGCUGGGCAGUGAACCUUUCACUUCUAGCAUUGCUAUCGUCUUGAUCUUCAUCGUUGUGUUCCUCAACGGUUUCAUGGGCCAGCGGCGUCUGCUUUUCACUUUCCACUACCCUCAUCUGCACAUCGAUCUUCAAGUCGGACCCGUCUCGAUGUUUGGCUAACAGUCCGUCUGGUUGUAGGAACGAGGCAGCUGCGUCGGGUUUCUGUUCCUUCAAAGCCGUGAAGGCUGCAGCUCGUCGAAAACGGUGUUCAGGGAUAACCAUUCCAUCUAACAGCUGUAGACCAUCCUCGUGGGUGAGUGUUGCAACAACCUUGUCGAAAUCAGGAAUCAAGGCCGUAAUAUGCAUGCCAUCUGGCUUUUCAAAUCCAAAUAAUGCACCACAGAAGACAGCGUUAGAGCUCUUGAUGUUGAACGUUGAAGGAUCAACUACAAUGAUACCCGCCAUAUGGGGGAAUGUUGAAACUCGUAGCUCAAGCUUUCCUCUAACUUGCUCUACCAUGCAAGGGAGAUUGACCUCUCUGCGGUUUGGGCAAGUAAAGUACUUGCGCUUGGUAGUUUGGGCGAAAUCAACCUCGCCAGUUGUAGGGUCAAAGCCUUGCCUUGGUAUCCGAGGGAUCAGUGUUGCAAUAUCAGUCUGGGGCUUGACAUCCUUCAGUCCCCAAAUCGGCUCUGUUGAACCAGAUAUGCUUUUCACAAUGCCAUCCUCGUCUAGGAUAACAUUCGCAACGUCCUCAUGGAUUUCCUCUACAACCCAGAUAAGGCCAAACCGUUUCUCUUUAACCCACAAACUGGCUGAGCCAGUGGCACCAUUUCGUUUUUGAAUGGGUACCACAUCACCACAGAGCAAUACACCACGAGAUAAGCUGCUACGAUGGUUCCCAGUACCUCGGACUGUUGGUGGAGCUGGGUCACCGCUAUGGACAGUUUGGGCUCGUCGAGGGCUUGACUUUGCGGACUGAGACCGCGAGUUUGGCUUGCUCAGUAACUGGGCUGUGAUUCCAGAUCGACUGCUGAGAAGGGCGUUUGUAGUCGGUGCUGGUGGUACUGGUACUGGAGAAUUUCGGCCAGAACCGGCGAUUUGGUCCGGAUUUUGUAGCUUUCUUUCCAACCAUGCUCUGCGCUCUUCUUGUACAACUUCCAAAAUACCCAUCUUGCGAACCUCUGCUUUGGUUACACCAAAUAACAGACACGCGAGAUCAUUAGCAGCUAGGAUCGUCCACGGGGGUUUAGAUUCUGUUGUGAAAAUAGCUUGUGCGGCAGGAACCCAUCUAUUUGUAUGACCAUGGACAGCGGGGUUAAUAGCACUCGGGAACUUGGUUGAGGAUGCUAAUUGCGGAGUAAGUGUUGGCGAUAUAACCUGAUCGUCGUAGCUGGGCUGACUAGUCAAGAAAGGUUGGCCUAUUGUGUCCAUCAACUUUUCUUGAAUAGAGGCGGCAUACACAUCGGUCAUAGUUCGGGUCAGGCUUGUUGGUCGCUGCGGUCGUGGAGAUGCUGCAUCAACCACGAUAGUAGCUUCCUUGGGGCCUUGAUUAGCGUCCGCAGGUUUUGAUCGGGGGGAUGGCGGCGCUUGGUCAUCGUUAUCUCGAGCUGGCCGUGAUUUAGUCCGUAUUUCAACUGGUGAUCCCAUCUCGUCUAUCUCAUCGGGCUCUUCUGUUAGGGUUGUAGGUAGAAAAUGUUUUUCAAAGACAUUCUCAGCCGACAUAUCCGCGGGUCCUGUCAAAGGAGCAGCCACCGCCUCAUCUACGUUAGGCAAGUUACCAGCUCCGAUUAUCUGUGCUCUGGCGAGAAGUUCGAGCAUAUUCUGUGUAUCGAUAUCCCCAGUCACUCUAGCUUGGGCACUAGCAAGACCAGCUUGAGUUGUAUUGACCGACCAUCCCAUACGGUCCUUCAUAAAUUCGAUAGAUCGUUUCAAGACGCUUUGUCGGUUAUGCAAAAAGUCUUCGGAUUGAUGUGCGAAUGAGAAGGAGUGAAGGGAUUCGGAAGGAAAUCGCGUCAAGUCUUCUGAGAAACUGGGUGAUGUCGGACCAGCCGUAAGGGACAUUGGAGG